UUAAGAAACGGGCCUUAGAAGAGACAAUUCAUAUAUGUAUAAAUGAAGCACUAACCCAGCAGCUUAAUUAAGGCAACGUAAUGAGGCAUCUUUUUAAGUCUCCCUGUACUCAAAACAGGACCAUCAGACACUUGUUGAAGAAAAUGAGUUCUUUUGCUGAGUCCACUGUACAGUAUGCGUUCCCAUCUCCAGGAGAACGCGUAGCCUUUCGACAAUCUCCCGGAAAAUCUCCAGGGGUUAUCUUUUUGCCCGGGCUGAUGUCCACCAUGGAGGGUACAAAAGCUCUGGCUCUAGAGAGAUACUGCAAAAAAAUUGGACACUCAUAUGUAAGAUUUGACUACAGAGGGUAUGGCAUGUCUAGUGGAGAAAGUCAAGAAUGCACAAUUGGAAUGAGGAAGGAAGAUGUGUUAACAAUUCUUGAUGGCGUUGCUAAAGGUCCACAGAUCCUUGUAGGGUCAAGCCUUGGAGGAUGGAUUUCUCUUUUAGUUGCGAUGUCAAAACCAGAUCAAAUAAGGGGUCUCAUUGGCAUAGCUAGUGCUGUUGACUUUGUAUCACGACGCUUUGAUACUCUUUCCCAUGAAGAAAAAAGGGAAGUGGAAGCUACAGGAAAAUGGAUAUUACCUUCUCAACACACUGAGGAGCCAUAUGUGUUAGAUUCAAUAGUGAUAGAAGAGGCACGUCAGCAUGUUUUACAAGAAAAAGAACUCUAUCCCAUCUGCUGUCCUGUACGUUUACUCCAUGGCAUGAAAGAUGGUGAUGUGCCCUACCAGGUAUCACUUGAUCUGGUCAAUCAACUUGAAAGUGAUGAUGUCCAAUUAACACUUAUCAAGGAUGGUGGUCAUAGGCUUUCUGAUGCACACAAUCUGCAGUUGCUGACAACAACUUUGGGACAUUUGAUUGAUCAAGUAAAACAAUCUGAUUAAUUAGUGCUCUCUGUAAAUAAUGGAAUUUAGCAAAUACAGCUGUUUCGAGAGAGGUUAUUGAAUAAAAGUACAAAAGUGCAUGCAACAAUUUUGAAAGGUAAGCUGGGUGUCCAGUAGUCAAUGAAUUUUAACAGGGAAAGAAAUGAAUGAAUUCAUCAAACUUGUUGUGCCUCAUCUGCACUGUGACAUUUUCUCAGAUUUCCCUAAAAUCCUGAGGUUAAAGAAAUGUGACCAAUACCUUUGUCUUGAAUUUUUUUUCGAUAAUACUAUUUUUGUAAUGGCAAAAUUAGAUUUGCUAGACCAAUAUAGGAUAAGUGUUGUUCUGAAAUUUAUUGGAACAAUACCAAGUUGUUGCCAAUGAUGGUGGUUUGCCUUUCAUGAGUUUGAAAAGUUGUUUACUUUUGUAAUAAACACUUUGCAUUAGAUCUAUUUGAAGCAGAAGAACAAGCAUCCUAGGAAACCAAUCUGUCUCACAAAGGCAAGGGAGUUUUUUCAGGCAACAAUUAUUUCUUUCCAUUCUCUUAACCUUCACAUUUCAUUCAGCAGUGAUAAGGUUCAACAGAUGAUGUGCUGAUCCUUUGAAUUUACUUCAGUGUACACAUAUAACGGUAAAGGUAAAGAAUCCAAUCCAACCUAUGCAUCAGUCAACAGCUGGCCAACUGUCAGCUGAUGUGUUGGCCACCAUUUAUCCUUCUAACUUGCAAGAUGCAUCAGGGGUGUGUGCAUUUAAAAACAGCUCCUUUAGGAGCCACCACAUAUUCAAAAGUCAAUGAUCAAUAAAGACUUUUUGCUUCCUAAUCUUGCUAAUAAACAAAAAGUAAACAUGUCAGUGAGAUCAGUGUCAGCCGACAUGCUAACUUCCUUGGUUAAGUACCCUAAAAAAGCAAAAAAAAAUGCAGAGAAGACUUAGGUACCAGUAUUUUGUUCUCAAAAUGAUGGUCGACAUGUUGGCAGUGUGUUGGCGGUGUGUUGGCCAACGCAUCAGUGGGAUUGGAUUCUUUACUUUUACCUAUAUAACAGUGCCCUUGUCUUAGUAGCCUUGUCAAAACUAGGGUAAUCAUUUUUUCUACCUACAAUCAGUCAAAAUUUGAGGAAAUAGAGUAAUAGCAUAAAGGGCUCAUCUAGCUUCUGUAUAAAUGUGCUAUUGAAAAUAUCAGAGUAGAAGCUUACACAACUUGAAGAAUGAAAACUGAAAGUAAACUAAUAUUGAUAUCCUUUGGAAA